CUUAAUUAGGCGCAUGGGGUCAGGGCCACUUUAAAUUGAAAAAAAAAUGUUUUACAGUGCUUACCGCGCGCUCACGCUUUUUCUAGCUUCCUCACUCCCCGCGGGGUACGCAAAUUAGUCGCGUCCAGAACAUCAACACGUGCGCACGUAUCGCUGCUCUCUAGAGCGCUGACCCCAUGCGACCAGUUACGUUACAUUUUUUGGCGGAUGUUAAUUUUUACUUUUGUGUUUUCUUUUAGUUUAUAUUAGGAUAUUGUGUAUUAUUUUUCUUUUUUUUUACUGAUUUGUAAUGUCUAACGAAAGACAAAUAUUGCAAUGGCUGGAGGUAGUGUCCGAUGAAGAGCAAGAUGUAGCUGGUUCGGAUUCGGAAGACGAAACGGUAAACGAUACCGCUAUUGAUAGUGCUCAUGAUUCAGAAAGCGAAAUUGAAGAGUCCGAAAAUAUUCAAGACAUCCCUGAACCAUCGGAAGGUAACUAUUUUUUAUCUCGACAUACUCAGAGAAAUGGCCCGAAAGUGAAAUGGUCUAAAGUACCAUUAUCGAAAGCAGUAAGGACCCGAGCACAAAAUAUUAUUCUUCACUUACCGGGAGUCAAAGCGUAUGCAAGAAACGCCAAAUCUCCCCUUGAAUGCUUCCAAUUGUUCUUUGACAGUGAUGCUAUUGAACUUUUGGUCACAAAUACCAAUUUAUAUAUUGAUAAAAUAAAGGAAAAGUUCGGAAGAGAUCGUGAUGCAACCUCUACUGAUGAUACGGAAAUUAAUGCAUUUUUGGGCUUACUGAUUAUGGCUGGAGUCCUAAAAGGGUCGCACUUGAAUUUUAUUGAUUUAUGGGCACAAGAUGGAUCAGGCGUAGAAAUGUUUCGGCUAACAAUGUCUUAUAAACGUUUUCUAUUUUUGUUGAGAUGUCUGCGAUUUGAUAAUACGUCAGAUCGAGCGGAAAGACUAAAAAUUGAUAAUAUGGCAGCGAUAAGAUAUUUGUGUCAAAUUAUAGAGAGUAAGUUUUUAUCUGCUUAUUGCCCCGGCGAGAAUGUAACUAUCGAUGAACAGUUGGUUGGUUUUCGUGGUCGCUUUAGAGGGAAGGUUUACAUGCCUAAUAAACCAAACAAGUACGGAAUAAAAGUUCAAGCAAUGGUGGACUCGAAAACAUAUUACUUGUGCAAGUUUGAAGUUUAUUCUGGAAAACAACCAGAUGGAGAAUAUCAGAUAUCCAAUUCUCCAGAUGAGAUUGUAAAACGUCUAGUUGAACCAAUAAAACGCAGCGGUCGAAACAUAACAACUGACAAUUGGUACACAAGUACAAAACUGGCUAAGGAGUUGCUAACGCCUGAAUAUAAAUUGACUCUUGUUGGUACAUUGAAUAAAAGGAAGCCUGAUAUCCCAACUGAAUUUUUGCCAAACAAAAAUAGACCAACAUGUAGUUCAGUUUUCGGAUUUCAUAAUCAAAUGACUAUAGUCUCAUAUGUUCCUAAGCCAAGGAAAGCUGUUGUUUUACUUUCCACCAUGCACAAUGAUAACGCCAUUGACGAAACAACAGCCAGAGCUCAAAAGCCAGAAAUAAUUACUUAUUACAAUAGCACCAAAGGUGGUGUGGAUUGUAAUGACCAACUUUGCAGCAAUUAUAAUGUUGGAAGAAGAACAAAGAGAUGGCCACUGGCUGUAUUUUUUCAUCUUAUAAACUUAUCUGGCAUCAACGCAUUUGUCAUACACAAAGCGAAUACUGAUAAGAGUAUCACACAUACAAGACGGAUUUUUUUGAAAAAAUUAGCAGCAGCACUUGUGGAAGAUCACCAAAAACGUCGCAUACAACUACGUGCUGUACCAACGACAACAAAGAAACGGCUCCGCGAAGUUCAUGAUGUGGACGAGACGGUACAACAAUCGACAGCUAAGCGCGGGCGCUGUUCAUCAUGUCCUAGAAAGGACGACAAAAAAGUGCCAACAAAAUGCUUCAAAUGUCAUAAAUUUAUUUGUCAGCAACACUCGAGGGUUUACUGCGUCGGGUGCAGAACAGAAGAAUCCGCUGAUGAGACUGAUUAAUUAUUUUUUUUAAGUUGAUCUCGGCCAUGCCAAAAAAAAUGAGUUUAAAGAGAGGAUAUAUAUUUUAUAUUUUUUUAUUACAUAUAAUGUUCCAGUUAUGUUUUCGUUUCUUAAAGUUUAUUAUAUUAAAGAACUAUAUUAAUUACUAUAAAAUACAUUAAGUUUUAUUUCUUUUUGACACUCCUUUCCCAAUGUUUUUUUGGGGUCCCUCAAGACCCCAUGCGCCUAAUUGGUGAUUUUUUUAAUGCGCCUAGUUAAG